AAGCACACACACAUUUCUCUGACAUCAACAAACUUGUGUUGUGGUUGGACUCUUCCAACUAGGCUUGCUGUUAUUAUUGGGGGAAGAUUGCAGCUGAGCUGUGUUGGUAGAACCGUUUUCAUGUAGCUAGCUUUAUAAAUCAAACAGACGUGUGGAUUAAGUUUAAGUCAACGGAUAGAUAUUCAAAUGCUUGUUUUAAUUAGUUCACAUCGCCAUUGUCAGUUUUCACGUCGAAGAGCAUCUUGCACAACACAAGCGUUAGUGAUAUCUUGGCCUGAAACUCGGGGCCUUGGACUCAAGUAAAGUUCGAAGCGGACUCUAAACUUCUGCUUUCUCAAAGACCGCUAUCCGCGGGGCCGGGGCUCUUGUCGCUGGCCCUGUGGAUGAGGAAGUGAAGAUACAGAAUCCACCCAGAUUUUACAGGAGAAAGGAACCCCUUUUGAUGGGAGAAUCCUCUAUCCUGGACUCCUGGGUGAAUCAACGUGUCAAAAUGAAUGAACAGGAGGCGCUGAACUCUAUAAUGCAGGACCUGGCCGAACUGCACCGCUCUAGCCGCCCUGCCAUGACCCUAUCUGACCUGGGAAAACCCAAGGCCUCUUCACCCAAAAAUCAGAACGAUGUGCGAGUGAAGUUUGAGUUCAAAGGGGAGAAGAGGAUCUUGCAGUUCUUUCGCCCAGUCAGGCUGGAUGACCUGGGGAACAAAGCCAAAGUGGCCUUCGGUCAGGCCAUGGACCUGCAUUACACCAACAAUGAGCUGGUGAUUCCUCUGACCACUCAGGAUGACCUGGACAAGGCCGUGGAGCUGCUAGAUCGCAGCGUCCACAUGAAGAGCCUGAAGAUCCUCCUGGUGCUCCAGGCCUCCUCUCAGACCUCCACGUCCAGCAUGGACCUGCUGCCCCCACACGAAGACCUGGACAACACCCGCUUCAGGGCCACAGACAAUAAAAGCAUGCUGGCUUUGAUAGGGUCUCACUCCGGGGACCGCAGCUCUCCCCCUCCAGGCUACAUUCCCGAUGCCCUCCAGCAGGUGGCCAGAAACGGCUCCUUCACCAGCAUUAACAGCGAGGGAGAGUUCAUUCCAGAAAGCAUGGACCAGAUGCUGGACCCUCUGUCAAUGAGCAGUCCAGAGAACUCCGCAUCGGGGAGUUGUCCCUCACUGGACAGCCCACUGGACAGUGAUAACUAUCCUAAGUCCCGUAUGCCCCGAGCCCAGAGCUACCCAGACAACCACCAAGUUUACCCAGAGUAUGAUAUUCCAGUGUUUGAGAAGUCGGGGAAAGGGGGCACUUACCCACGGCGAUACCACAUUUCCUUUGGCCUUCAGGACUACAGUGAUGGGCGUAAGACGUUCCCUCGAGCGAGGCGGACCCAGGUCCACGGUUUCCAUUCCCCGGUCAGUUUCAGCCCCACAGAGCAGUCUCCCAGCACCAGCAGUGGCAGCAGCAUAUUCACCCCAGACCUGGAGGAGCCCGGGGGUCGCAGACGCAGGGGCAGCGACAUCGAGCCCAACCCCACCCUCUCCGUUAUGGACAUCAGCCCACCCAGCCGCUCUCCACGUGCCCCUACUAACUGGCGGCUAGGUAAGCUGCUGGGUCAGGGUGCGUUUGGCCGGGUCUUCCUGUGCUACGAUGCAGACACUGGCAGAGAGCUGGCUGUUAAACAAGUCCAGUUUGACCCAGAGAGUCCCGAGACCAGCAAGGAGGUAAGUGCCCUGGAGUGUGAGAUCCAGUUACUGAAGAACUUGUGCCAUGAACGGAUCGUCCAGUACUACGGCUGUCUACGAGACUCCAACGAGAGAACUCUGUCCAUCUUUAUGGAGUACAUGCCCGGGGGCUCCAUCAAAGACCAGCUGAAGUCGUACGGGGCCUUGACGGAAAACGUGACGCGUCGAUACACCCGUCAGAUCCUGGAGGGAGUGUCCUACCUACACAGCAACAUGAUCGUCCACAGAGACAUCAAAGGGGCCAACAUUCUGCGGGACUCUGUGGGAAACGUGAAGCUGGGGGACUUUGGGGCGAGCAGGCGGCUACAGACCAUCUGUCUGUCAGGAACUGGGAUCAAGUCAGUGACUGGUACUCCCUACUGGAUGAGCCCAGAGGUGAUCAGUGGAGAGGGCUAUGGCAGGAAGGCUGAUAUCUGGAGUGUGGGUUGCACGGUGGUGGAGAUGCUAACCCAGCGGCCCCCCUGGGCCGAGUUCGAGGCCAUGGCGGCCAUCUUUAAGAUCGCCACCCAGCCCACCAACCCCUCGCUGCCCGUCCACGUCUCUGACCACGGCCGCGACUUCCUCAAGCGCAUCUUCGUGGAAACCAAGCUGAGGCCCUCGGCCGACGACCUUCUGAGGCACAUCUUUGUUCACUAGCCCCUUCCCCCUGACCCCUGAACUGCCAGAGAUGGCCUUAGAUGAUUCGCUGUCACUCCCCCUGACUCCGCCCUCCCAGCGCCAGACGGAAAACCCCCAUUGGACCAGAGAGGACUUGGUGGGAGGUAUCCAUCUGGUGAUUGGAUGAGGUGGGUAGCGGUGGGGACUACAACUCCUGCGUCUCUGUUUUUAGGAGACUGGCAAGGAGGAAUUAAUGAAUGAACUCAUUUAGAGAAAGAAAGUUGCACCUUAAUUUCAGAAAUAGGGUAAGUUUCCCAACCAAGAUGACAAAAUAACCUUUUUUGAAAAUGUUUUUAUGAUUAAUAUCUCCUGCUUUUGAUUGUGGAGUAGGACUCAGUCACUCUGUGCUUCAGCUCACUGAGUCUACGUCGGUGAUUCUGAUCUGGACCUUAGUGGAGAUUUGAGGUGAUGAUCAUGAUAAUCUGGGCCACGUUUAAUAGGCAAAUGUUGUGGAACAUUGCAGAUAGAAAUGGCAUUAUUAGAGCCGAAACGAUUCCUUACUCUACACGUCUUAGAGGCAGGUUUGUUCUAUAUGCUAUAUCGAUCUGAACGUCGCACAACGUCGUGUCCUGCUGAACGCACCCUUGGUGGUUAGUGUGGUCCUGACUCGACCCAGAAUGUACAGCAGAAAACCCAUAGCACGCUGGUAUCGAAUCCGCAACCAGAACACCGGGUGAGGAGAACACUCCUACCCCCCCACACACACUUCUUGUCACACUGCUGCCUAUGUUGCUCCCCCCUCACUUGCACAUUCAGUCUGUGUAGAACAUCCACAACUCAACGGUUCUUCUUAUUUAUACUGUAGACAUUCUAUGAUAAAAAAUAAUCAUUUUGUUGCUUGGAUCCCUCGCUUUACUUCAGUCUGUCCUGCGACUAUUGUGAGUGUGUCUGUCUUGUCUGCUGUGUCAGUCAGGUCGCCUGUCUGUCAGGGUCUGUUGUCAAAUCCCCUCCCAGUCUUUUGUUCUUUGCCGUGUGCCUUUUUAGCCGUGUAGGAACAUGUCUUUGGUUGAAACGUUUUCGCUACGCAUCAGACAGGUACCAGCCUAUUUACGGUUCGGAUCAUAUCCAAGUGUUUUUAUCAGUGUGGUUCAGCCAGUGGUGCGCCGAAUUGGUCUGCUCGCUCUGAUCUGCCUUUUUUCUCUCUGUAUCAGACUGGUGUUAGAUCAGUUUUGGCACUGUUUUCUGCCUUCUCCUCGCCAGGGGUCAUAGGUCUCUUACUGACCCCAGAUCAGAUACAAUCGAGACACACCAAAGCAGAAACCUAGAGUGCUCAUCAUAAUGGGUUUGGUGCUUCAGUUCUUAACAGAAAUACAUCGGAGCUCUGUGAUUGGCCGUGUUGUACUGAUGCCAGUUGAUUGCUCAAAGUUUAGGCAGGCCUUAGUUGAUUGGUAAAAUGUACAUUAUGGCAUUUUAAAACAGGAAGAGUGGAGAACCGCUAGCCAAUUAGGAUGCUUGUUACUCAGUUGUAGGCAUACUGUAUGUUAUUAUCAGGUACUACUUUGCGCUGAAGCACUCUCUACGUUAGCCAGUUUACACCUUGACUAAGAUACUACUGCACUGAACAGUACUCAGCAAAAAGCUCUGCAAUUAUACCAAUAUCAAUACUCGACAGUGCUGGUGAAUACUCAGUUAUACUCCACAGUGUUGGACACCAUCUGGUACUAUUGUGCCCUCUUGCCCUGCUAUGCCUUGGGAAAGAAAGUACUGGUAUGUUGUAGUAGUAUGUGCUGUGUCAUGUCUCCUCUCAAACACUCCUUUGGCGCACACACACACACACACACACACACACCAGAGCAGUUUUCAGUAUGUUUCAGUUGGGGAUGGGCUCGAUGACUCGAUUCUAGAUUUGCAUUGGAAAUUUGCAAAUGCAACUAUUUAGCAGGUUCAAAUGACAUUUCAAACUUUAAGAUGUGUUUUAUUGUUUGGAGUGUGUCAAGUGCACUGAAAAUAUAGCGUUAAAAAAACAUGAAUUGAAGCAAUCGAUGGCAUACUGCAAACUUGUUUUGCCUUCAGCCCUGUUUUGUGUUUGAAUGCCAGUACACACAAUAAUUUGCAUGAGAGUACUCAGACAUUUCUUUUCAAUGUCCAUCCCUAGUUUCAGUGCUGUACUCAGCCACACCUCAACAUUACUAACAAGUAGACUUAUCAAAAAUCACAGCCGUGCCAACUGUUUUGUGCUGCCAGGUACAGAGAAUGUCAGAUAUAUAUUUGACCCAUAUUUUCUAGAUGCAGUAGGAUAGGUGUUAAUUUCAUGAUGGAAGUGGUUGUCUAUUUGACUCCAAGGGGUGGCGUUGUCAUUGCCUGUAAGCUAACCCAUAGGUACUCAAGGUAUGGAAACACAAGCUCUUUUGUGUGAGGGGUUCGGGAAACCUACUGAUCAACUAGCCUGAAAAAUGAUGGAGCAUUUCUCCCAUCAUCGCCUAGGCACUUUCUCCCCUUAACCGUAGCACCACAAGUGACUAAGUCCGGUCUCUCUCGCGCGCUGAAGAAGUGCUGGUUAAGAAAAAUAAAGGUUAUUGACUCUUGUUUUCUUUUAGUCUGAGAAGCAAAAUGGCGACCCGUGAGUGUUAUCAUCAGCUAAGCUGGUCCCCAAGAAGUUAGACCCCUUCCUUACCCUCCUGCAUUGCGUUGCCUGUAAAAAAUGUAACUGAACAUUUCCAUUAGCACUGGGACUCGCUGAGAUCAACUCUCACCAGAAAUGAGGACCGCAUAUGCACUAUUUAAAACUGGUACAUAAUGCGUUCCCUACCGCUCGCUUCUUCAAGGUUACUCAUUGGGACGAUGGACUUCUACUCUGUUGAGCAUAGUCUGUCUUGUGUUUCUGUUGUUAGCGAUGACCUUUUUUGCACAUUUUUUGAGACUAUACAGAUUUUUUACACUGAUUGUAAUACUUUUGCUUCUGUGUGUGUGUGCAUGUGCGUGCGCACGUGUUGUAUGUGAUUGACUCCGUGUGGUUGUGUUGCACAAGGAUCUUACAGUCAGGAAUGUAAUGUUUCAUUCUCACCACCAGGUGGCCUCACACUCCCCUGUUGAAAUGAGAAGUCAAGUCUAUUCUAACUCUGAACACAGACUGGGUGGCUGUCCUCCACUUGGUUUAAUUACACCUCCCCACUCAGAGGGACUGUUAGUUAGUGAUGGUAGACGAGGCCUGAAUCGCAAACCAAUCAAUCCCUAGCCCCUGCUCCCUACUUGUGUAGAUCUGAGAGGAUUGGACAGGUGGGUUUGGGAUUCGGGCAAGACUAUUAAAGUAAUAGGCAGUGAACUGAAAUACGGUAUGAUAAGUCACCACAUGGUAUUCCCCUGCUUCUUGAAAACCAACAAGAUACAAACGAACUACACCAAUAUGGUACAAUAUGUGCUUUUUAUAAGCCACUGCUGCCACUCCAAGGUGCUGUAAGCACUUCUCUCGUGUGUGUGUGUGUGUGACUGUGUGCGCGACUGUGUCUGUACUGCAAUUUGUGCUCAAAGGACACUGGGGGCGGCCAAAAUGCCUUGCGCAUUCAGACUGUAAAAAAAAAAAAGAUAGAAUUGAAGAAGAAUAAAAAAUGUACAAAUGUAUACAUUUGAAAAAUGUACCCCUUUUUAAAAAGAAAGAUUACACUUAUAUCCCUCACAUUUGUUUUCUGUGUAUUGUAAAAGAAGCCAUGUUUAUAAUUCCAUUUGGUUUGUGACCAAUAAGCCUGUUUAUAUCAGAACUGUAUAUCAGUGGUAUGCAUCAUUUUUUAAUAUAUAUUUUUAUUUUUUAUUUUUAAAUGGGAGAUUUUAUGCAUGGUUGGAUCCUGAGGAGAGGUACAAUGGUGGCAAGAGCCCCAUUGGCUUUAGCCUGAGUGCCAGUCUGUGCCAUCAUGCUAAUUCCAUGACACUCAUUGUUUUGACUUGUCAAAUAACAGCAAUGGAGUAAACAAGAACAGAUCUGGGUCCAGGCUAAGGCCUAUUGGCUCCUCUAAAUGAAUGCUGAAGAGAGGAGACCUCUUGAUGGAAAAGGGUUGGGAGAGACUGUCAGUCUGUUGGCACUUUGAUGUGUUAAUAAUUAUGAUGACAAUGAAAAUAAUAAAAUAUAUUUAUUUCA